ACGGCGAGUCCCGGCUAUAUUACUGCCAGACAUUUUAUUUCUCAGUGGACCACGGAGACGAAACACCACAAACCCGUGUUCCUGUGACUGCUGGUGCGGUUCAAGAGGAUGGCUAUUCUCGUCCCUCGGGUGUGGAAUGUGCAGUUGUCAUUGAAGAACAGAGAGGUCCCAGAUUGGCCUGCAGCUACCCCAUCGCUGCAUUUAGCUUCCUCUCUACCACUGAACCACUCAUCGGUUCACCACUGACUCACUGUUCACCAGCGCCUCAGGAACCAGUGCGAAAACCAUGGAGAACGUGGCCAUAUUUGACGCACCUGGAAAGGGAAGGGGUCUGAAGGCCACCAAGGAGUUUUGGGCUGGAGACGUCAUCUUCUCAGAGCCCAGUGUCUCGGCUGUUGCGUUUGACAGCAUAGGAGAGCGUAUUUGCCACAGCUGCUUCCGCAAACAAGACACACUACAGAGGUGCGGCCAGUGCAAAUUUGCUUAUUACUGUGACCGGACUUGUCAGCGCGCCGGCUGGGCCGAACACAAGCAGGAAUGUGCAGCCAUCAAAGCUUACGGCAAAAAACCAAACGAGAACGUCCGUCUGGUGGCCCGCAUCAUGUGGCGCCUCGACAAAGAGGGCAGCGUGCUGUCUGACAUGCAGUUGAUCUCCCUGGAGGAGCUGGAGGAUCACAUCCCUGACAUGCAGGAGGACGAUUUGAAGGAUUUGAAAGUGAACAUCAACUACUUCCUGGACUACUGGCCCCGAUCCAGCAAGCAGCACACGAUCGACAACAUUUCACAUUAUUUUGGAGUGGUUAACUGUAACAGUUUCUCGCUGAGCGACCAGAAGGGCCUUCAGGCAGUGGGAGUUGGUCUCUUCCCAAAUUUGUGUUUGGUGAAUCACGACUGCUGGCCCAACUGCACCGUGAUCCUCAACCACGGCAAUCAAUCGGCUGUGAAUACUAUGUUUCAUUCUCAACGGAGGAUCGAGCUGCGUUCUCUCGGUAAGAUCGAGGAGGGAGAGGAGCUGACGGUCUCAUACGUGGACUUCUUGAAUUUGUCGGAGGAGAGACGAAGACUGCUCAAAUCACAAUACUUCUUCGACUGCACAUGCGAGCACUGCAAGAACCACAUCAAGGAUGACUUGAAGUUGGCGGGCAAGGAAGUGGACGGAGUCAAGCCGACAGAAGAACAGGUGAAAGAGACAACGGCUUAUUGCUACCAAAUGCUGGAGAAGAUGGACAGCGCUCGACUAAGUGGCAACUACCACGAGGUGGUAAAAUUCUGCAUGGAGUGCGUCCAGAAGACAGAGCCUAUUUUGGCUGACACUCACAUCUACCAGCUGCGGAUAUGGAGCACAUUGAGUGAGGUGCAGGCUUACCUGCAGUACUUUGUUGAAGCUGCAGAAUACUCCCGCAAAAUGGUGGAGGGAUACCUAAAACUGUACCACCCUAACAACGCUGCUCUCGGUAUGGCGGCCAUGCGAGCCGGAGUGACCCACUGGCAAGCUGGAGAGAUAGAGGUUGGCCACGGGAUGGUCUGCAAGGCCUACGCCAUUCUCAUGGUCACCCACGGUCCAACGCACCCCAUCACCAAGGACCUGGAGGCGAUGCGUAUGCAGACGGAGAUGGAGCUGAGGAUGUUCGAGAAGAACGAGUACGUUUACCACAAUAUGAGAGAGGCCGCUCUGAAGAACAAGCCCAUGGCCAUGAUGCACGAACCCAAUCCUGUGGAUGAGGGAGUCAAGAAUCUCUUCCACCGGAAGAAGUAAAACGGAUCAAGAAUAAACCGUCCUUAUUUCUGAGUGUUGAUGUGUGUGUGAGUCUGCCCGUUUAGUGACUCUCACUUUUGUAGUCGCGCUUUUCAUUGAAAAGAUGUCACGUCGUAUAUUCCAAAUCCAGUGGAAGUGCUGAAAUUCGGUAGCGGUCGUAUUUUCUUUGAAUAUGCAGCGCCAGCUUUAUGGCCGUCAAUAUUUCAGCUACGCUCCUGAAGUCAGAGACAUUUUAACUGGUUUAGGCCCUAGUCGAUGUGUCCUUGAGCAAGAGACUUAACCCUGUAAGUUUGGAUAAAAGCGUCAGCUAAAUGUAAUGUACCAGAACCGGUAAAUGACGGGAUACUAAAACCCUGAAUAAGUUUGAACUAGCUUUUGAGUCACAUGUAAUGAAAGUGAUAUUUUAUUGGGAACGUUUUGUAAUGUACAUCUUUUGUUCUAAAGAUUUGCUGAGAAAAGUAUUAAAUACAUUUUCAGCAUU